AUGUUUCGUGUUAUUUGGCUCUACUGCAACCAUCAGGUUCACGCCGGCCACAAGACAUCAUGCCUCGUUUCUGAAGGAAUCGGGUUGACGCUUCGUGCACGUGACGAGAACCCAACAAGAGUGACGCGUGCGAGAAUUCCCUCCCUUCGACACCAGCUUGGGUCGAGUCAUCGUGUUUUCUGCACGCAUUUGGCCACUUUUCCAACCGGUAUCAACCUGAACUCGAGCAUUACUACUGCCCAACUAGUCAGUAGUCUUGCAGACUCGGCGCAGCGGAAACCCUUUUUCUCGAGCCACUUAUUCGUCACAACGCAGACCAGACGUCGACGCGCAAUCCAAAGGCCUACACCAUGUUGCUCCCUUUCUCUCUUUCUCUCUUGGUAUCGACGAUGUUGCGUUUCGAUGCAAAACGCAAAAGCUGGCAGCCUGAAACUAUGCUGA